AUGUCGGCAGUGCGCUGGGGCCGCGGUGCGGCGGGGCUCGGCCGGGCCCUGGUGCCGGCGGGCCGCCCCUGGCCCCCAGUCGAGGAAGGGGCCCUCGAUAGCAUGGGGGGGCGCAGAAGGAGCUCGUCUGCCAGCCCUUGUGAGCGCGACCGCCGCAAGGAUUGGGGCCACGUGGAGCUGCUAGAGGUGCUCAAGGAACGGGUGCGACAGCUGCAGGCUGAGUCUGUGUCCGAGGUGACGGUGAAGAGGGUGGACAUGGCUCGAACCCCAGAGGGACAUGGCGGUGCCAUCCAGCUCUCCAGAAAGGCUGAGGUGUGGGCCGCUCCGGAGCUCCAUGGCCGCUGGGCAAAGAAACUGGACCAGGAGAAGCGGAUCAUGCAGAAACGCAAGCAGCGGCUUGAGGUGAAGCUGCAGGCUUCCGCGCAGAAGUUGCCCCGGGAGCGGCCCCCGCGGCCGCUGCGUGUCGAGCCACAGCUCCAGAACCGGCAGCUGGCUGGCUGCCUACAGCACUGGGCACGAGGGGGUCCUGCCAGCCCCUGGGAGGAGCCCCUGGCUCAAGUGCUACAGGAGGCCCCGCGGAAGCUGAGGCGUGAAGAGGCCCAGGCCCUGGCAGACAAGGGGUCCGAAACGCAGUUCUCAGGCCAGCGGCAGAAACUCCUGGCUUUCUUCCAGUGCUGUCUGCUCACAGACCACCUGCCCCUGGCCCACCACGUGCUGGUCACCCAGCAUGGGCACUUCCGGCGCCGGCGGCUGCUCACACUGGACAUGUACAACACCGUCAUGCUGGGCUGGGCUCGCAAGGGCUCCCUCAAAGAGUUGGUCUACAUCUUCUUCAUGGUGAAGGACGCUGGCCUCACCCCCAACCUGCUGUCCUACGCGGCUGCCCUCCAGUGCAUGGGUCGACUGGACCAGGAUGCCAACACCAUCAAAAGGUGUCUGGAUCAGAUUGCCCGGGACCAGCUGCAGUUUCAGAAGCUCUUCUCGGCUGUGCCCAUGACCGAGAAGGAUCGGGCUGCGCUCCUGAUGGCCGUGCGGAAGGUCAAACCCACCUUCAACCUGCCGCCGCGGCCCCCGCCCCAGGUCAACAAGUCACAGCUGCUCAGGGACAUCUAUACCCAGGACGGCCCUGUGGCCUACCCGAAACUGCACCUGCCGCUGAAGACGCUGGAGGACCUCUUCCAGCAGCAGCUGCGUGUUGAGAUGGCCACUACUGUCCAGGUGCAGUCCGUGGAGAAGGCCCCGCCCCUGACCAGCGAGGUCCUACUUGCGCGGGAGACACUGAGGAGUCUUCGGGCCCAGUGGGAGGUGGCGCUGGGUCAGCAGCUGCAGGAGGUCAAGGCCAACCUGGCACGCCUUUGCCGUGAAGGUCGCCCCUCGCUCUACCCGCACCUGUGUCUGCUUGGCGAGCAGGAAACGGUGCAGAUGCUACUGCAGGUACUGCAGGUGCUGCCCCCCCAGGGUGAGUCGCUCAUCUACCUAGCUCACGAACUGGGCAUGCGGGCUUUCAACCGCCACGUGGUGCAGCGGAAGCAGCGGGAGGGGCAGGUACAGGCGCUACAGCAACGCUACUCGGAGUACCUGCGUCUGCUGGCCUGCGACACCCAGGUGGAGCCGCCCUGCCUGCCGCGGCAGCACUGGGAAGCAUUGGGGGGUACCGCCCCCGAGCCCCCACCCGAACAGCCCUGGCCGCUGCCGGUGCUGCUCCAGUUGGGCAAACAGCUGGCUGAGUUACUGGUCCAGGCUGUGCGCAUGCCUCGCAACCCGGGCGCACCGGCCAGCGUGGAGCAGCUCGUCCCGGUGCUGUAUCACGUGUACUCCUUCCGCAGCUUCCGCCAGAUUGGCAUUGUGAAGCCCCACCCAGCCUUCUCGCAGCUGCUGGCGACUGCGGGGGAGCCCACACUGACCUUCGAAGCGGCCGAGGUGCCCAUGCUGUGCCCGCCACUGCCCUGGACCUCCCCGCACUCGGGCGCCUUCCUCCUGAGCCCUGCCAAGUUGAUGCGAGCUGUGGAGGGCACCUUGCAACACCAGCGGCAGUUGGAGCGCUGCCCGCCCGCCACACUGCACGGGGCCCUGGACGCCCUCUCCCAGCUGGGCAACUGCGCCUGGCGUGUCAACGGAGCCAUCCUCGACCUGGUGUUGGGGCUGUUCCACGACCAGGGCUGCUCCCGCCUGGGUGUACCUCCCCCGGUCUCCGAGGCCCCGAGGCCACCGGCCCGUCGCCCUGCGCCGGGCACCCCACCCGCGCGCCUGGCCGAACUGCGUCGGGAGGCGGCGCGUUGCCUGAAGGCGACCCGUGAACUGCGCAGCCUGCGGGCCGACGCGCUCUACCGCCUCUCACUGGCCCAGCACCUGCGGCACCACAGCGCCUUCUGGCUGCCCCACAACAUGGACUUCCGAGGCCGCACUUACCCCUGCCCACCCCACCUUAGCCACCUGGGUAGUGACCUGGCCCGAGCCCUCCUGGAGUUUGCUCAGGGCCGCCCCCUCGGCCCCUGUGGCCUAGACUGGCUCAAACUGCACGUGGUCAACCUCACCGGCCUCAAGAAGCGGGAGUCACUGCAGAUGCGCCUGGCCUUCGCUGACCAGAUGCUGGACGAGAUCCUGGACUCUGCUGACCGGCCCAUGACGGGCCGCAAGUGGUGGAUGGAGGCGGAUGAACCCUGGCAGACACUGGCCUGCUGCAUGGAGCUCGCAAGAGCCGUGCGCUCCCCGGACCCCGCUGCCUUCAUCUCCCACUUCCCUGUCCACCAGGACGGCUCCUGUAACGGCCUACAGCACUAUGCUGCCCUGGGCCGCGACAGUGUGGGCGCUGCCUCCGUCAACCUGGCGCCCUCGGACCUGCCUCAGGAUGUGUACAGUGGGGUGGCCGCACAGGUCGAGGUGUUCCGCCAGCAGGACGCCCAGCAGGGCGUGCGUGUGGCCCAGGUGCUCGAGGGCUUCGUGAGCCGGAAGGUGGUGAAGCAGACGGUGAUGACCGUGGUGUACGGGGUGACGCGCUACGGCGGGCGCCUGCAGAUUGAGAAGCGCCUCCGUGAGCUGCAUGACUUCCCCCAGGAGUUCGUGUGGGAAGCCUCCCACUACCUCGUGCGGCAGGUCUUCAACAGUCUCCAGGAGAUGUUCUCUGCCACCCGGGCCAUCCAGCACUGGCUAACAGAGAGUGCCCGCCUCAUCUCCCAUCUGGGCUCUGCUGUGGAGUGGGUCACGCCGCUGGGCAUUCCUGUCAUCCAGCCAUACCACCGCACCUCCAAGUUCCUGGUACGUGCAAUCAAUGGUGGACUCCAGAGCAUGACCUUCAACUACACCUCCGACUGCAGCCAGAGGCCCAACACACUCAAGCAGAAGAACGGCUUUCCCCCCAACUUCAUCCACUCGCUGGACUCCACCCACAUGAUGCUGACUGCGCUGCACUGCUACAGGAAGGGCCUGACCUUCGUCUCUGUCCACGAUUGCUUCUGGACCCAUGCAGCUGACGUCCCUAUCAUGAACCAGGUGUGUCGUGAGCAGUUCGUUCAUCUGCACAGCCAGCCCAUUCUGCGCGAUCUCUCCCGGUUCCUGGUGAAGCGAUUCUGCUCCACUCCCAGGACUUCCAAGUUUUCCAAGAACCUCCAGUCGCGCAAGCUCUUCCAGACGCUGCUGGCCUUGCCAGAGACAGGCACCUUCGACCUAGAGCAGGUGAAGGUUUCCAAGUACUUCUUCAGUUGA